AUGCGCUGUAGUGCUGUAAUUGGAAAACAGGGUGGAAUAUACUUUUGUCAACAUUGCAAUGGUUUGAUCGGCUCAAUAAAUGAAGCUUGCAAUCAUAAAUGUUUUCGUGGAAAAGAACACAUUUAUCAAUAUGAAGACAGCAGCGCCUUAUUUGUUGAUAAUUAUGUAAAAACAGAAAACGAUGAAGAUCAAGCAUUUAAAAAUGAAAAUUUUGAUAUUCAUAACUCUUCUUCGUUAGGAAACACUGCUAAUAUUGAAAGUCAUGAAGACUUAAGUGAUCCUGAAGAAUUGAAAGCAGAGAGUAAUGCUAAGAAAAGUGCUGUGUGGACAAGGAAAGCCACGACAGCUAUGCUUAAUUUAUAUGAAGCAAACAUACAGAUCCUCUUGGACAAUGGCAAGCCAUCACAGGUGUGGAAAAAAAUAUCAGAAGGCUUAUCAGAAUUAUGUAUACAGGUAACAGCUGAUCAAGUUAAAUGGAAAUUUAAUCGUUUAAAAAGUAAAUAUAAAGAGUGCAUUGAGAACAACAGUAAGAGUGGAAACGAUCAUAUGACGUUCGAAUAUUAUGAGCAAUUUGAACAAAUUUUUCAUAAAGGAAAAAAAGUUUCCACUCCACGUAAAUUUUCUUCGAUAUUUUGUACAGAUGAAAAAAAAAUACAGCAUGAUGAAGCCGGAUCAAGAAACAUUAAUAAAUAUAAAAAAAUUAAAUUUGAUGCUAUAUCCAGCAUAAAUAAUACAGCACCAGUUGAUGAAUCUUCAAAACUGAAGACAAGUUCGGUUGCGGGUGAUAAUAAAAAUUCAAAAAGUCAACAAUGUUUUCAAAGUAUGGAACUUUUACAAAAUAUUCUCGAUAACCAGAAGGCCAAAGAUGAAAAAAUGAUAAAAUAUUUGAAAAUGAAAGAGAAAGAAAUGGAGUUGAAAAAAAAAUCAAUUGAUGUUCGCGAAACAGAAACAAAAGUUAAAAAAGAUGUAGAGAAUGGGAAAUUAAAAUUUAAUGAAAAGAAGCAUAAAGAUUGGUUAAAUAUAGAAAAAUUGAAAUGUGAGCUGUUACGAAGAUUGUUGGAAAAUCGUCAAGAUAGUGAA